AUGGGCAGCGGCGGUUCGGCAGGGCGGGCCGAGCGGCUGCCGUCGGGCGCAGCGGAGCAGCUGUGCGGCGGCGAGAGGUGCCUGGAGCUGAGCGGGCGGGUGCUGCGGCGGGUGCCGGCGGCCGUGUGCGCCAUGCGCGGCUUGCAGAAGCUCUACAUCAGCGGUGUGGGGCUGCGGGAGGUGCCGGCCGAGCUGGUAGCCCUGCGACGCCUCCGCACCCUGGCCCUGGACGGCAACGAACUACUGGAGGUGCCCGAGGUGCUGUGCUUCCUGCCCUGCCUGGCCCACCUCUACCUGGGCCGCAAUGGGCUGCAGGGGCUGCCGCCUGCCUUUGCCCGGCUGCAGAGCCUGCGCUGUCUCUGGCUGGAGGGCAACUUCGUGGCUCGCUUCCCCCGUGCCCUGCUGUGCCUGCCCAGCCUGCAGAGCCUGCAGCUGGGUGACAACCGCCUGGCCCACCUGCCUGCGGCACUGCCCCGCAUGGCUGGCCUGCGUGGACUCUGGCUCUAUGGCAACCGCUUCGAGGCCUUCCCCCCGGCUCUGCUGCACAUGGCCCAACUCCGAGUGCUCGACCUUGACCGCAACCGCAUUAACCACUUUCCUGACCUGACCUCGCUGCACAGCCUGCGCCUGCUCUGCUACGACCACAACCCAGCCCGGGCGCCGCCCCGCACUGGCCCUAUCGUCCGCCUGGUGGGUGAUGGUGCCCGCGAGCUCAUGGAGGCCCGCUGCCAGAGCCUCCAGGCCCAGCAGGAAGAGGAGGAGGCUGCCGCUGAGGCCCCACAGGCCUCUGGCUCCCCACCACCUGAGGGCAUCUCCCUUGUGGCUCAGGGGACGUGA